AUGUCAAACAAUUCUGAACGUGGCCAGGAUAGGAAGGAGGAUGAUGAAACGGCCAUGGUAGAGGAAGCCCAGAAUAAAGUGAGGAAAUGCGACUGCGAUCAGCCCCCCUGCAUAAAGCCGGCGCCGCCGCCGUCGGAACCGCCGCCCCCGCCGCCGCCUGACGAGGAGAUCCAGCAGCUGCACUUCGAGGCCAUCACACGCGACUACAUCGCCCGGCCGAGGAUCGCCUACCGCACGGUGGCCGGCGUGAACGGGCCGCUGGUGAUCCUGGAGCAGGUGAAGUUCCCGCAGUACGCGGAGAUCGUCAACAUCAGCCUCCGGGACGGCACGCGACGCACGGGGCAGGUGCUGGAGGUGUCCGGCACGCGCGCCGUCGUCCAGGGCACGUCGGGCAUCGACAACACGGACACCAUGGUGGAGUUCACGGGCGACAUCCUGCGCGUGCCGGUGUCGGAGGACAUGCUGGGCCGCACCUUCAACGGCAGCGGCACCCCCAUCGACGGCGGCCCGCCCAUCCUCGCCGAGACCUACCUCGACGUGCAGCCCCAGCCCCAGCCCCGCCCCAGGCCCGAAGCCCAGCCCCAGCCCCAGCCCCAGCCACCCAGCCCCAGCCCCAAGCCCAGCCCAGCCCCGAGCACCAGCUCCCCCAGCCCCUCGAGCCCCAGCCCCUCAGCCCCAGACCCUCAGGCCCCAGACCCUCAGCCCCAAGCCCCUCAGCUCAAGCCUCAGCUCCAGCCCUCACCCCAGCCUCAGCCGCCAGCCCCGAGCACCGGGGCUCCCAGCCCCGAGCCCUCAGGCCCCAGCCCCACCCCAGCGCACCAGUCCCGCUCCCAGCCCCCAGCCCCAGCCCUCAGCCCCAGCACCAGCUCACAGCCCCCAGCCCCACUCAGCCUCAGCCGCCCCGCCAGCCCAGCCCACCAUCCGUCAGCACCGCCCACGCCCACGCCAGCCCCAGCCCCUAGCCGCCCUCUCAGCCCGACCCCCAGCUCGGCCUUCAGCCUCAGCCCCCUGCAGCCCCAGCUCAGCCCCAGUCCCUUAGCCCCAGCCCCUCACCCAGCCUCAGCCCCAGACCUCAGCCGCCAGCCUCGCUUCCAGCCCCAUGCCCCGCCCCUUCGCCAGCCCUCAAGCCCCAGGCCACGCCCAGCCCCAGCCCCCAGCAGCCCUCAGGCCCCAGCCACCUCGCCUCAGCCCACCAGCCCCAGCCCCCCAGGCCACGCCCCUCACCCGGCCCCUUCAGCCUAG